CCUCUCCUAACGUAGCUAGGCCUAGUCCCCUUACAGCCGCGCUAACUGGGCCUCCAAAACGCGGAAACAGGGGGGUGGGGGAGGUAGGAGAAGCCACGAAGGUCUGUUUAAGCGAGUGUGGCGGGUGGCCAAGGUCAGGGCCCGGGCCUCGGGUUGCCAGGCCGUUGCAUCACCCUCCUCGCAUGACUCACCCCCUUCCAGACUCGUGACCCUGAAAGGGCGGGGAGAAAAAGGGAGGAGCUUGAGGAGAAGUCACUUCCGGGAGCUACGCGGCAGCUUCCACCUCACUCCCGCUUGGGGGAAAAAAAACAAAAAGAGUCCAGGAGGAGGCGGGGCCAAAAGGCGACGGCGACGACGGCCAUUGGAUGAAAAGAAGCGGCGACGGUGAUUGGUCCGGCGUGGCGCAAGAGUUGCGUCAUGCGGCGCGCGCUCGAACGUCUACCCGGCCCCCGGAGCGAGAGGAGGCAGUUGGCAUUUGGACGCAGGCAGAAGCGCACGGAAGGAGAGAAUGAGCAUCGAAGGGAGAAUGAGCCAGAGCCAGCAGCAGAAGAGAGGCGGCAUCACAGGCGAGAAGGAGAUUCGCAGGAAGCUUCGAAUGAAGAAUCGCAUUCUAAUACACCAUCACACUUGAAAACAGGUACAGCCUGGCAUCACCUAAACAAUGAUGGCAGAGUCACUGCCCUUCCCUGUGGGUAACCCUGUGCCCACCUGGGACCUGGAGUCCUGGUAUGAAGACUUGCAGGAGGUGCUCUCCUUGGAUGUGAGCAGCAGGACAGACCCCCCAGUGGUGGGGGAACAGGAAUGGGAGGAGUUCAGUCUUGAUGGUACAUCUCUGCUGUGGGACUUGGAAGCUUUGGGGCCCCUGGAGCCCAGUGGGAGCCCAGCAACAGAGGCCUGUGAGCUGAGCCCUCAUCUCUCCACAGAGCUUCUGGAGCUGCUGAGCGAUGAACCUGCAGCAGCCCCUGAGUCAGACUCUAGCCGCAGCUCUCCUCCCCAGACUGGGACAGAUGAGGAAGAGGUGUCAACCGGUCGGAAGAGGAAACGGAGCAGACAGCCCCAGGGAGGCAAGAGGCAGCGUGGCAGAGAGCGGGAGCAGCAGAACGAGCACAGAGUGGCUGAGCUAAUGGCCCAGAAUGAGCGCCUCCGGGAAGAAAUAGAGCGCUUGAGCGCUGAGGUGGAAGCGACAAGAGCAGCCCUCAUUCAGCGCAUGGUGAGUCUAAAGAGUUAAUGGCGCUGGAGCACACCCCAUCAGUCUUGAAUUGAUGACAACUCACGGUGGACUAAACAGAGUAUGACUCCAUUCUUUUCAACCACAGCAUCAAUGACUUGAAAUGAUAUGCUGAAAGAAAGGGAAAGGGACACCUGCUUAUGCAACAAGUGCAUCUGUUACCACUGCAUGUUAGGCAGCUUGUGGGACAUCUGACUUUGGAUGUGGCAAAGUGAGCUUGCCUUGCCGAACUAUGAACUACAGAGAUCAUGAGGGUGUUUCGCGAGCCAACAAACUUUUCUUGAUUGCUCAGGUCAGCAGCACCUCUGCCAACUGGCUGGACUGUUUUGAAUUUGUCCCCUUCCUCUUGUAAAAGCUAUAUGUAUUGUCAAUAGAAAAACACUAUUAUGCUUUAUAUCUGUAUAUGUAAGAAAAUAAAUUUUACACCAUUUAAUGUAA